ACCAUCUAGGAGUAUCAAACCAUAAUUUUUCUAUUUUUAUAUACCCUGAAAGAUCUUUUUGUUCCCUACAUUGAAGAUUUUUAAUUAAAGUAUUAAAAGAUUGUGUUGACAGAGCUUGCAGACAGUGUUCUUCGGAGGAUUGUUAAGUGUUUUACAGUGUAAAAUGGAACUACAGAAUGUAUCAAACGGUCACCAUGUUCUCAACUCUGACAGAAUUCUUGAGAAUGGAUCUGAUGCUCUUGAAAACAUGACAGAGGGGGAUACCUUCCUCCCCAGUAAGAGUAAUGGAAAGACAGAAACUCAGUUUACAGAUUUCGAGGGAAAGACUUCUUUCGGAAUGUCUGUUUUCAACCUCAGCAAUGCCAUUGUAGGCAGUGGAAUUCUGGGACUGGCUUAUGCCAUGGCCAACACCGGAAUCAUCCUUUUUGUAAUCCUGUUGCUAUUCAUUGCUGUUCUCUCUGCCUACUCCAUACACCUGCUUCUGGAGAGUGCAGGAGUGGUUGGGAACCGUGCAUAUGAACAGCUUGGGAACCAUGCAUUUGGUCAACCUGGGAAAAUAUUAGCAGCAUGCAUUAUAACACUGCAUAACAUUGGAGCAAUGUCCAGUUACCUGUUCAUUGUGAAAAUAGAGUUACCUCAUAUUAUCCAAGGUCUUCUGCCAGAUAACUCAGAUUUCUGGCUUCCUGACGGGAGGUAUCUCAUCAUCAUCGUCAGUGUCUUGUUCAUUCUUCCCCUGGCAUUGAUGAAACAACUUGGGUAUCUGGGCUACACCAGUGGUUUCUCCCUCAGCUGUAUGGUCUUCUUCCUUAUAGCUGUCAUCUACAAGAAGUUUGUCUCAGAGUGUCCUGAUGAACACAGCUAUAACAAAACUGUGCCCACUGAAAGCAUAUACAACUCCACCGAUGACAUGUGUGAAGCUAAACUCAUAACUGUUAACCCAGAGACUGCUUUUACCAUUCCAAUUAUGGCAUUUGCUUUUGUGUGUCACCCUGAAGUGUUGCCCAUUUACACAGAACUCAAAAAUCCAAGCAAGAAACGCAUGCAAAAAGUUGCUAAUAUCUCUAUUUUGGCCAUGUUUGUCAUGUACCUGCUGACUGCCAUCUUUGGCUACCUCACCUUCUAUGGAACUGUGGAGUCAGAGCUUCUGAAUAUGUACAGUAAAAAAGACACCCUGAUGCUGUGUGUUCGGCUGGCUGUGGUGAUAGCAGUGACACUGACCGUUCCCGUGGUCCUUUUCCCGAUUCGUCGUGCUGUAUUGCAGCUUCUUUUCCCCGAUAAACCUUUCCACUGGGUGCGUCACAUCUCCAUCGCUGUUUGCCUCCUUUUCUUAGUCAACCUGCUCGUCAUCUUUGUGCCCAACAUUCGUGACAUCUUCGGCUUCAUCGGUGCCACAUCUGCUCCCAGCCUCAUUUUUAUUCUUCCGGGAAUAUUCUACAUUUACAUCGUCCCUGAAGAAAAGGAGCCGUUGAAAUCUCGGCCAAAGAUCCAGGCGAUUGCAUUUGUGACACUGGGUUUCAUCUUCAUGAUUAUGAGCAUUACGUUCAUCAUAAUCGAGUGGGUCACCGGAAAGAAGACGUUGGGUGGCCACUGAAAGAGCACCACCGGAUUCCAAACCUUAAAGACCAAAUCUAAUACAGAACACAAAACUCUUGAACCUGCAACGUCUGCAUCAGGUUCAGUUU